UUUUGACGAAGUCGCGGAUUGAUGCCGCAUAGAAGUAGCGAAAAGAAAACUGCUGUUCUUGCUGUUGACAUUACUAAUUCUUGAUUUUUUAAACAUUGGAUUGCAAUGUUAUUGCUUUGCGAAAAAGGAAUUGAUAACAAACAUAAAACCUCAUUCUCCAAGAUUCAGGAAAGCAUCUUAAAACGAUUUUGAUAUGUGUCAAUUUUUUUGAUUAGGUAUUUAAUUUUUACGAUUGAAGAUCGCAUAAAAACAAGAGCUGUUGGAUUUUAAUCUUUGAACGGUGAUAAUAGAUGUGUCGGUUUUUCAAAAUAUAAUUCUCGUUUUUUAUUGAUCCUUAGCCAUGGAUGAAAUUUCUCAAGACAGAUUAAAUGCCAAUGAAUCACUUAGGGUUGAUGAAGUAGAAGCAUUAUCUGCUAUUUUCGGAGAUGAUUGGCUCGAAGAAGAUGCUGAACAUAGAGUAUAUAGCAUCAAUGUGGCCAACAGUACAGGGAACAGUAUAUAUCUUCAAGUUACUUUACCAGAAAACUACCCAUUAGAUGGACCUCCUAUUUAUCAAAUAAGUGCACCUUGGAUGAGUCGAGAAGGAAAAGCAUCUCUUUGUUCUGAAAUUGAAGACAUUUACUGUUCAAAUGCAGGUGAAAGUAUCAUUUACUUGUGGAUUGAAAAGCUGAAAGAUUUUGCUUAUCCAAUGUCAUUUUUGCACCCUCAAAACACUGCUGCUGAUGAAGUAAUAGAAGAAGAUAAUGAUGCCGAACCGUCGGCAGCCUUAAAUUCUACAGAACAAGAAAUCCUAGAAAUAGAAACUGAUGAACUGCCCCCAAUCGCUCAUGGUGAACCAAUUACUGAUCGGAAAAGUGUAUUUCAAGCUCAUGCUGCUAAAGUCCUGACUGUACAGCAGGUGAAACAGGUUUUGGAUGAGUUGAAACAAAACAGAAAAAUUGCUUCAGCCACUCACAAUAUUUACGCAUAUAGAUCAGGAUCCAUUCUUUUACAUUUACUGCAGAUUUUGAAUGUUGUCAAUGUUUUGGUGGUUGUAUCUCGAUGGUAUGGAGGCAUUCACUUGGGUCCUGACAGAUUCAAACAUAUCAAUAAUGCAGCAAGAAUUCUGUUAUGUGAAUUAGGAUUGACUAACGAUGAGAAAACUUCUAGUGGAACAAGCAAAUCACAGAAAAAAAUGAAAGAUUCUCCUAAAGUAAAAAAUGCCAGCUGAAUUCUUAUAGUCAAGAUAUUUUUUUGAAACUUUU